UGCCUCAUUUCCACACAGCAGAGGAGCAAGAGAUCGUUCGAAGGUCAUCAAUGGCGCCGAAGCAAAGAACACCCCAUGCCAACCGGAACCCAGAUCUUAUCAGAGGUGUCGGGAAAUUCUCCCGUUCUAAGAUGUACCACAAGAGAGGACUCUGGGCCAUCAAGGCCAAACACGGUGGCACUUUCCCUCACCACGAGAAGAAGCCCGCCGAAGCCCCUGUUGCCGUCAAGCCUCCGAAGUUUUACCCUGCCGACGAUGUCAAGAAACCCCUUGUCAACAAGCGAAAAGCUAAGCCCACUAAGCUCAGGGCUAGCAUUACUCCAGGAACUGUGUUGAUUAUAUUGGCUGGGAGGUUUAAGGGGAAGAGAGUUGUCUUCUUGAAGCAGCUUACAUCUGGAUUGCUUCUGGUUACCGGUCCAUUCAAGAUUAAUGGUGUUCCAUUGAGGAGGGUGAAUCAAUCCUAUGUGAUUGCCACCUCAACCAAGGUCGACAUUGCUGGAGUGAACUUGGAGAAGUUUGAUGACAAGUAUUUCUCCAAGCAAGUCGAGAAGAAGAAAAAGAAGGGAGAAGGAGAGUUCUUUGAAGCUGAAAAGGAGGAGAAGAACCAGUUGCCGCAGGAGAAGAAAGAUGAUCAGAAAACCCUGGAUGCAGCAUUGGUAAAGUUGAUCGAAUGUGUGCCUGAUCUCAAGAGCUAUUUGGGUGCCAGAUUUUCACUCAAGGCAGGCAUGAAACCACAUGAGCUUGUAUUUUAGAUGAUUAGAUUCGAGUUUCUUCUCUGUGUCGUUUUUUGUUAUUGUGAUGCUUUACCGUACUUGGACUAUAGAUUUGAGAUUUCACAUAAUCUUUUAUGGUCGUCUCAUUGGAUUUUUGGAACUAUACUCGUUAAAAUCUGACUCUUGCUUGUAUGUUGGGCGUGGUUGAAUCAGCUCUCUAUCGCUUGUUC